AUGGAGAGUAGAAGAAUCAGUUCGAACGUCGAACUUUUGCGCAGGCAGACCAAUCCUCUACCAACCCCUGGCCAGCGAAAUGUACUGGUGACGAGCGCCCUCCCUUACGUCAACAAUGUCCCCCAUCUAGGUAAUAUCAUUGGCAGUGUUCUUAGCGCAGACGUCUUUAGUCGAUAUAACAAAGCCCGGAACCGUACUACCCUGUAUGUUAGUGGAACAGACGAGUACGGAACCGCGGCCGAGACGAGAGCAUUGCAGGAGGGCGUCACGCCUCAGGAGCUCUGCGACAAGUAUCAUAGCCUUCACCGUCAGAUAUAUGAUUGGUUCGAUAUCGACUUCGACUAUUUUGGCCGCACUGCUACCCCGAAGCAGACUGAGAUCUCGCAACAUAUCUUUACCAGCCUUCAUCGCAAUAGCCUUCUCGAGGAGCAGGCGGCACUGCAACCCUACUGUCCGGAACACAAUGCAUUCCUUGCCGAUAGGUUCAUUGAAGGAACUUGCCCACGUUGUCAGUAUGAAGAUGCGAGAGGGGAUCAGUGCGAUAAGUGUGGCAAUCUCCUCAGCGCAUUGGAGUUGGUCAACCCGCGUUGCAAGCUCGAUGGCGCUGCCCCCGCUCCAAGGGAGACAAGACACCAGUAUCUACGCUUAGACAAGCUUGAGGAGCGAGUCGCGAACUGGUUUUCUGCAUCGGUCAAGGCUGGAGGCUGGUCCAAAAAUGGUGCUCGUAUAACAGAGACGUUGCUGAAAGAAGGCUUGAUUCCCCGCCCCAUCACACGAGACCUCAAAUGGGGAACCCCAGUACCUCUUCCGGGAUACGAGAGCAAGGUACUCUACGUCUGGUUUGACGCGUGCAUUGGAUACAUAUCCAUUACAGCUAGUCACACCCCUGAUUGGGAACUUUGGUGGAGAAGUCCUGACGAGGUGAAGCUGUAUCAGUUCAUGGGUAAGGAUAACGUUCCUUUCCAUUCCAUCGUUUUUCCAUCGACUCUUAUUGGAACCGGGGAGACAUGGACCAAGUGUCACUACCUCGACGCGACAGACUACCUCAACUAUGAGGAUGGCAAGUUCUCCAAGUCACGGGGCAUUGGAGUCUUUGGCAACGAUGCCGCGGCUACUGGUCUAAGUGCCUCUGUGUGGAGAUGCUAUCUUCUCUCAACUCGUCCGGAAACUGGCGACACACGAUUUGAUUGGACAUCGUUUAUGUUCAAGAACAACUCGGAACUCUUGUCCAAUCUCGGUAACUUGGCCAACCGCUUGAUCAAGUUCACCAUCAAGCACUUCAACGGUCGUGUCCCGGAUUAUCCACCCGAAAUCAACAACGAAUCUUUCUCGUCUCUGAGCCAAGAUGUCAACCAGCUCCUGGCCAAAUACCUCGACAGUAUGGAAGCUGUGCGCCUACGUUCUGGUUUAGAAAUAGCAAUGGGCAUUUCAACCCGUGGCAAUCAAUACCUCACUGAGAAUGCUUUUGGCUCGGCAUUAGUGGCUGAUGACUUCGAUCGAGCUGCUUCUGUGGUAGCCCAUGGGCUCAAUCUUGUGUACCUUCUUUCUGCAUUGAUCUACCCAUAUAUGCCCUCUACAGCCGCAGAUAUCACGGCUCAACUCAAUGCACCCCUACGUGCUAUCCCCGAGCAGUGGAAUGGCCAGGACUUACUUCCGGGGCACCAGAUUGGCGAACCCAGACACCUCUUCCGGAAAAUUGAUAAGAAGCAGAUUGAGGAAUGGCGCCAACGCUUUGGUGGAACUGCCGAACUCUCUGGCAACAACAGCAUCCCAGGCAACGCCAACUCAGCGAAGGUGAGGCAGCAGCAGAAAGAGCCAAAGGGAGGUCCAGGAGAAGCCAUGAGGUCUUUUUUGCCAGGGAUGAUUGAUCUGAGAGUCGGCAAAAUAUUACGUGCAGUUGAACAUCCAAAUGCUGACUCUCUAUACGUUUCGACCAUUAACUGUGGCGAUCUCCCUGGUACAGCCAACACAGCCUGGGAUGAGGAGUAUGGAACCACAGUGCGGACUGUCUGCUCUGGUCUGAACGGGAAGAUUCCACUUGUCGACCUCCAAGGACGACCAGUCGUGGUCGUGGCCAACCUGAAGCCUGUCAACAUGAGAGGCGUCAGGUCAGCAGCAAUGCUUCUGGCCGCCGAGCCUCGAGAUAGCCGUGAUGGAGGGUCCUGCAUCGAGCUAGUUGAACCACCUACUGAUGCUAGGACCGGGGAGCGAUUGCAUUUCGAAGGAUGGGAGAGCUGCACGCCUGACCCAGUGUUGAAGCCUAAGGAAAAGCUUUGGGAUAUCUUGCAAGUGGCACUAUCGACUAAUUCUAAGCGAGAGGUCGUCAUCCUUUCGGACAAGAUUAUUGCAAACGUGGCACCUUCAUCUUUCAACGGAGUGUCAGGGUCAAGCGACAGUAGAUUGGUGAGCAACAAUGGUUUGUCCUGCUCCGUCACGAGCUUAGACCACGCCAUUGUGAGGUAA